CUUUUAUAACGGCCUCCAUCAAUGCUCAGGCUACUUGGAAGGAGAAUGUCGCCGACAGCUGCCAGGUUAGCUGCACAACGUACCAGAGCUAUUGGCCAGCACAUGAUGUCCACAACCCCGGAGUCUACAGUGCUCUUUGAGUCUAACAAAUCCAUUCGAAAGUUCAUCUUGAACCGACCAAACAAGUUGAACGCCCUUGACACACCCAUGCUUGAGCUGCUCAGACCUAAAAUCCUGGAAUGGAACUCUUCCGACCUUUGCGGUGCCAUUGUCGGUACAGGCGCGGGGCGCGCAUUCUGCGCAGGAGGCGAUGUUGCCACCGUGGUAGAGAAUGCGUCUGACCCAACCACACGACCGUUGGCAAUUGACUUCUUCAAGAAAGAAUUCGAAGUCGACUACAUACUUGCAUCACUGAAGAAGCCUUAUGUUGCUAUCCUUGACGGAAUCACGAUGGGUGGUGGAGUUGGACUCACCGCAAACGCACUCUUCAGAGUUGCUACCGAGAAGACUCUGUGGGCCAUGCCGGAAACCAAAAUUGGUUAUUCUCCGGAUGUUGGCGGAAGUUACUUUUUGUCGAGGUUGGAUGGAGAGAUCGGAACAUACCUGGGAUUGACUGGAGAGUCUCUCAGUGGAAGAGCUGUAUUUGAACACGGCUUAGCCACGCAUUUCCUGCCGUCAAGGCGCAUUCCUUUGUUGUUGGAACGUCUGUCGGAGUUGGACGAUCCAUCAGCUGCUCUCAUCGACAAAACCAUCGAAGAGAUGUCAUGUGAGCGCGAGCCAAACGAGCCUCGUUCUCUUUUGACUGGCGGAGUAAGAGCUGCUCUAGAUGCCGCAUUCCGACACAACGAAGUCGAGCAGAUAUUUGCUAGUCUGGAAGAACUUUCCCAAGUUGAGGAUGCUUCGAUCAAACAAUGGGCACAGGAAACCUUGCAGAAACUGAACCAGCGAAGCCCGACAAGUCUGAAGGUCGCCCUGGCUGCCAUCAGGCGAGGGAAAAAGUUGGACCUUGCACAAGCUAUGGCCAUGGAACUUCGAAUUGCAGGUGCUUUCUGUAACGGUGCCAGCCCUGAUUUCAAGACCGGCGUCGAGACUGUUAUCAAAACCAAGAGCAAAGAUGUACCCGCAUGGUCUCCUUCAAAAUUAGAAGAUGUGGCACCCGAAGCAGUUUCACGAUUCUUCGACUCAACGUCAUCCUUUAUCCAAGGGCUCCCCGCACUUGAGAUCCCCCAAGGACUCGAGGCGAUCCCGGAUAAUCGACACCUCAAGUACGCGCUACCGACUGAAGCCGAAAUCGGAGCCGUUGUAAAAGGUUCGCAUCCUGGCGCAGGUGACAUGGGCUGGACUGCCGAAGAAGUGCAAACCUUCUUUAGCAAGCAAUACCCAGGGAAACACGGAGUGCGAGAGAAGGUCGAGGAAGUCCUGCAACGACGAUGCACAAUCAUUGAUAACGUAGACGGUAACUUUGUAUGGCUCAAGUGGAACGCGUAGUUGGGCCCUAGUAUACUUGAUCAUUUCGCGCUCAUACAUUAUCGAUGUUACUAAUUUCAAAUACCAUGCCUUAUUCGCG